CCAGCUGCGCGGCGGCAGCGGCCCCAGGAGCCGCAGCCCGCCCUGCUCUGCCCCAUGGCCGCGGGGCCUCGCCCGCCUGACGCCGCCGCCAGCGCCCACGAGCCCUGAUUCUGCCCGCGGAGGCCAUGGAGAGGAGGUUGGAAGCCAAAUUCAGCAAUAGCUCUCGUGGUUUAUCUGGAUGUUGCCUGGGAAAACAUGCAAAGUGGCUGGGAAAGCUGCACCUGUUCUACGUCUGCGCCUGCCUGAAUGCGCUGUGCUCGUCUACAGAUGCAAGCUGGAAUGCAGCCACGUGCCAACCGGGGAAGAUUCUGUUUGGUGGCCGCUUGAGAUCAUGGGGAGAUCACCACUUGCGGGUCCUGGAAGGAUUUCACACCAUACAGACGUGUCAGACGGCUUGUUGCCAGAGCCCCACCUGUGAUGCCUUUUGGCUUUUGGAAAACAUGUGCAUCCAGGUGAACUGUACAAUGUCCAGCAGGUGUCAGGCUAAUAGGACCAACUCCUUCAACUCCAUUCUGGUGUUCUUAAGGAAAUCUAAAACUGCAGAGGGGUUAUUAGGGUCUCGAAUGGAAAGUGAGGUAGAGACUACAUUUCACAAGUGGCUGGAUUGGAGCACAUCAGGCCAAGCCAAGCAGAGACUCCGGAGAUCCUCCCAAGGGUUGCUAGUGCAGAAACAAGACCUGGAAAAUGGAAGGACAAGCCUGCUAAAAAGGGAAACAUCUGGCAGUCCUGGUGGCGGGAUUGCUGCUAAGCAGGCCACCAGAUCCAUGGAUAGUGUGUCUAGAAGCAGCUGGAGUUCAGGUAGGCAGAACCUGAACCGACCAGAACCUAGACCCUCAGUCCAAAAGGGACCUGUUCCCAGAGACACAGGGAGUAAAGAGAGAAGCUUGCUGCAAAAAGGAGAGGAUUCAAGAGAGAAGAAAACCAAAAGCCCACCCCCUCCUGAGAGUGAUAACGUGAAUGGAGCAGGUGAUCCAGGAGGCAGUGGUUCUCUGUGGGUCCAUGCAGGAACGUCCACACUAGUGCCAUCUGUAUUGGCUACGUUCUCCAGCCCCAUUGCACUGGGCUUGAUGGCCACUGGAAAGGCAGAGAAACCCGAACAGCCAAGUGGCACUUCUGUCCACCCCCACUCCUUAGAGAAGACGCUACCUACGUCUAGCCCUCCUCAAGGGAAAACUGCUGUGAAGAUGCAGGGUGUUACCUCUGUGCCAACUGUUGUCCCCACUAAUUAUAGUGUUACCACAGUCCAACCCAGCCCUGCAACAUCACCGAGUACUGCUGCUCCAAAACCAGUUAUGAAGGAGCUGGUAGUUUCUGCUGGAGACAGCGUCCAAGUGACCCUUCCAAGGAAUGAAGUUCAGUUAAAUGCAUUUGUACUCCCUGAGCCACCAGCAGGAACCAGCUACUCCUAUGAGUGGGAGCUGAUCACCCAUCCGCAGGACUACAGUGGAGAGAUGGAAGGCAAGCACACCCGGACCCUCAAACUCUCUAAGCUCACCUUUGGCCUGUAUGAAUUCAAAGUGAUUGUUGAUGGAGAUAAUGCACAUGGGGAAGGUUAUGUGAAUGUGACUGUGAACCCAAAGCCUCGAGUGAAUCAGCCUCCUGUUGCCAUCGUGUCACCGCAGUUCCAAGAGAUCUCCUUGCCGACCAUCUCUACCGUCAUCGACGGCAGCCAAAGCACUGACGACGAUAAAAUUGUCAGCUACCACUGGGAAGAACUAAAGGGGCCUCUGCGGGAAGAGAAGGUUUCCACUGAUACUGCCAUAUUAACACUGACCAACUUGGUCCCUGGGAACUACACAUUCAGCCUUACAGUUGUAGACUCAGAUGGAGCCAGCAAUUCAACCACUGCAAGUCUGACUGUGAAUAAAGCUGUGGACUAUCCUCCAGUUGCAAAUGCAGGCCCAAACCAAGUGAUCACCCUGCCCCAGAACUCAAUCACUCUCUACGGGAACCAGAGCACCGACGACCACCGCAUUGUCAGUUAUGAGUGGUCACUCAGUCCCAGCAGCAAAGGAAAGGUGGUGGAGAUGCAGGGUGUGAGGACACCAGUCCUGCAGCUCUCUGCCAUGCAAGAAGGUGAUUACACCUACCAGCUAACAGUGACCGAUUCUGCUGGCCAUCAAUCCACUGCAGAGGUUACUGUGAUAGUCCAGCCUGAGAACAACAAGCCCCCCAAAGCAGAUGCUGGUCCAGAUAAAGAGCUGACCCUCCCUGUGGACAGCACCACUCUCGAUGGCAGCAAGAGCUCAGAUGACCAGAAGAUAGUUUCCUUCCUCUGGGAAAAAACCCGGGGCCCAGAUGGUGUGAAGCUGGAGAAUGCCAACAGCAGCAUUGCCACUGUGACUGGACUUCAGGUCGGCACAUAUGAAUUCACGCUGACGGUGAAAGAUGAGAGGAACUUGCAAAGCCACACCUCAGUUAACGUCAUUGUCAAAGAAGAAAUUAACAAACCACCAGUUGCAAAAAUUGCUGGGAAUGUCGUCAUCACCCUGCCCACAAACACAGCAGAGCUGGAUGGGUCCAAGUCAUCUGAUGAUAAGGGAAUCGUCAGCUACCUGUGGACUCGAGAUGAGGGAAGCCCUGCAGCUGGGGAGGUGUUAAAUAACUCUGACCACCACCCUGUGCUCUUCCUUUCCAACCUGGUAGAAGGGACGUACACAUUUCAUCUGAAGGUGACGGAUGCCAAGGGAGAGAGCGAUGUAGAUAGGACCACGGUGGAAGUCAAACCUGAUCCAAGGAAAAACAACCUUGUGGAGAUGAUUCUGGAUGUUAAUGUCAGCCAGCUGACGGAAAGGCAGAAGGGUAUGUUCAUCCGUCAGAUAGGCGUUCUGCUGGGGGUCCUGGAUUCGGACAUUACCGUUCAAAACAUCCAGCCGUACACAGAGCAGAGCACCAAGAUGGUGUUCUUUGUGCGGAACCAGCCUCCCCAUCAGAUAUUCAAGGGGCGUGAUGUGGCCUGGACGCUCAGGAACGAACUCCGGAAACAGCAGUCAGACUUCCUCAUCUUCCGAGCCCUGGAAAUUAAUACAGUCACAUGCCAGCUGAACUGCUCCGAGCACGGUCGCUGUGACUCUUUCACCAAGCGCUGCAUCUGCGACCCUUUCUGGAUGGAGAACUUCAUCAAAGUGCAGAUGGGAGAUGGCGAGAGUAACUGCGAAUGGAGCGUACUGUACGUGAUCAUUGCAUCUUUCGUCAUUGUGGUCGCCUUUGGGAUCUUAUCCUGGACUGUGGUCUGCUGCUGUAAGAGGAGGAAAGGAAAAUCCAAAAGAAAAAGCAAAUACAAGAUUUUGGAUGCCACUGACCAAGAGAGCCUGGAGUUAAAACCCAACUCCAAAGCAGGCGGCCGACAGAAAGCUCAGGUCCUCAACACCAGCCUCAUGCACUCUGAGUCGGAGCUGGACAGCGACGAGGCCAUCUUCACGUGGCCAGACAGGGAGAAAGGGAAGCUGCUCCGCAGCCAGAACGGCUCCUUGCGGAACGGACAGGUGCUGCCCAAGCCCAAGAACCAGAGGGAAGAAAUCCUAUAGCCCAGCCUGGGGGACCCUUCUGUUAAGAGUCGCGAGGCAAGGGAAGGCUGCUCUGCUCCCCAACCCUUGGGGGCCUUCGGAGACCAGCUGGAUCCUCUUAGGACAAAGCUGCUAACUUACUGCCCAGAAAGGACCUGUUUUCUGGGUUCCUUUUCGUGUGACUAGAACCACUCGUAUUUGAAUUCGGACUUCAAGGGAAAGUGAAGGAAGUAGCAGGAAACUGUGAAACGGGGACUGCCGGGCAGCAGGGGCGGGCCUGGCACGUGGAGCCCGUGGGACAGAACCACUUCCAGCAGCUGUGAAAGCGCGGCCCCCACCCUGCCCCCCUCAGGCAGCCGCAGACUCCCGCCCUGCUUGCCGAGGGAGGUCUCCUCUCAGGAGGAGGGUCAGGGCUGUGGGGGGAAGUGCCUGUUGGGGCAGCGUCUGGCACUGGUGCACUGAUUUGUUUCUGACAAAUUGGUUCAUGUGCCAGCUAAGCUGCAAAAAAAGGCUCUCUCUCUCCCUGCCCUGACCCCCUUACCACUCCCAGCUACUUAAGCACCGUUCUUUUAAGUGUUCCCCUGGCCUAUCCCACUGCCCAGCUUUGGGAGUGGGAGGGAAGGGAAGCACCAUGUUUCCACUGUGCCUGCAUACUGCUAGGAGAGGAGCUGUUUGGGUUUUGUAAUUGCUUUAAUUUAUUGUUAGUCCUUUCACUGGGAACGGAGAUGCCGUGGCACCUCCUCAAGCAUGGAGAGCCUGGCGUGAGGAUGCGCCCUGCCUCCUGCAGCUGUGGUGCUGGCUGCGGCCUCGUGUGUCCGGCCGGCUCUGCUUCCUAGCAGACCCUGGGGAUUGCUUGUGAAGGGGAGGCCAAGCACCUAGUAUGGGGCCCCCCCAGGCCCUGAGACACUGCCCGCCGCCUCCACGCUCCACAGAUCCUUAACCCCUCUCCCACAGCGUGAGGUGCUGCACACUGCAUCUCAACUCUUGCACUUAGAGCCACGUAUGGGUUUCUGCCUCCAGUCCCUGCUGGCUGGUCCCCUCCACAGCCCUUUGUGCGGCCUUAACUAGUCCCGUGUGCUCCCAGCAGCUUCAUCCUUUGGGCUGGCUGCUGGGGAGAGAGCACUGCAGAUCCAUCAGUGGCUCGAAAUGGGAGCGCUCGGGUCCUUGUCCAAACCUCUGUGGGCAGCCAGGGCAGCUGCAGGCCUGCCGUGAGAGUGCCCAGCCAAGACCUGCCCCUUAGAGCCAAGCAGCAUGUGAGGUGGAAAAGUGGCGUGUCCGUGCUGGCCCCCACGCCUUCCCUAACCCUUGUCCGCCUGUGCUGCUGUCUGGGCACAUUUCCCUUCUCCUGGGGAGUGGAGGAUGCUGCCACUCCUUCAGGGAGGGGAGGCUAGUUUAUUGCCUUUUCUUUGUGUUCUAGUUCAAAAUCAGAAGCUUGUUUCAUUGGCUUUGGGUCUGACCAGCAAGAGGCUUUAAACGCCAGAGUUGUAUUUAUGUUGCUGCACUACUGACUUGUGUUAAACGAGAUGAAGAUUAAACUCACUAAUUUGAUGGACUGUCCCUGCCCUGAAUGUAGUCACGUCUCCUACCAACACUGUUUCCUCUGCAGUCAGAUGUUUUCUUUAGGUCCCAGUGCUGGAUUCCUUAGGGCUAGGUGCCUAAUGAGAGGACGGUGCUCUGCUCCGUGGACUGCCAGCCACGGGGUUUGGGGUCUCUGACUGUGCCUGCAGGACCUGUCGCACUCCUCCCUGUGGUGCGGGGACGUCCUGCUUGCCCAUCCUGCUUGCAUGUGGGGGUCCCUCAAUGGGUGCUGUCUCCAUGCUGCCCUUGUCCUGAAAUCAUUCCUUCCCCGACCACCCACAGGGAACCCAUGGCACCAGGAUGGUCUGGGUGGGAGGUCUUAAAGGAAGAGUCUAGUUAACAAUUACCCUUAUCUGAGAUCUUUUUGUUGCCAGCAGCAUCAGAGACUAGAUAAACUGAAGUCAUAGGUCUCUUAGUUGCACUGUUCUCCUUAGGCAGAGAGUCUCCCCUUUCUCUGUGUGCAAGACUGACCCAGAGCUAAAAAAGGGUGGGACUGAAGUCGCACGUCAGCUGGGUGCUCAAAGCAGGGUCAUGCCUGAGAUUCUCUUAGGCUGCUGCAUCCCAUUAAUUAUUCCCACUUUUAAGGCCCGGGUGGUAGCCUUGCUCCUCUCCCAGCCUGGGGCAGUCCUCUGCAGUACAGGCAGGCUGCUUGCAGCGGGGAAGCUCUUCUGCAUGCUUUGCUGCAGAGAUCAGUACCCCUCACAGCAGCUGCACCAUGCGCUUUUGAGCCGGCCUUGGCUCUGAUACGGAGGGGAACAAUUAAACCCUGCACCGCACUUGCCUGAUAGCGCCUCUGUUUAGCUGACGGUUUUCUCCCUUCCUCCUAGUUCCCGGUGGGGAAACAAACAUGUCCCUGGAAGUGCUGUAGUCAGCUGACGGCUCCGCUGUAGACAGAAGAGCUGUUUCCUGCCUUGCCUGGAGGAGACCUGAGUUUUGCAGCAGGCUCUGGCACUCUGCGCGCUCCUUGCCGAGCAGCGUUGCUAGGACAGCUUCCCAACUCGGUAGUCGUUUGUCAUCCCCGGGGCAGGUUGGUGACGCAGCGCCCGCAUUUGUUCACCGCUGGUGCUGCUCAGCUGUGCGGUGCUCCCUGCUCUCCCACCUGGCUCCACUGUGCUCUUCAGAUCUUGCCCUCUGGGCCUCUAAAUUUCCCCCUCACAAAGAAACGCAUGCCCUCACUGCACUAAUGAGCACAGCCAGUGCCUCAGAAACCAGUCUGAAAUCUCACAAAAGCUAAUAUAGAGCCAAGGGACGGGAGGAGUAAAAACCCCCUGGCAGAUAGAAACUUCAGUGUAGGCAUCAGCUCACAGGUGUCAGGGCAUCUGCUUCCAAACAGGCCCAGCCCACCUUAGAGAAGCUCUUCCUCUGAGGUAGGUGGUGUCAAACAACACAUCAGUCUAAAAUCCCACCUUCCCCCAGUGUAUUAUUAAUAUCACUGCUCAUUUGUUACCUAAGCACCCUGAUCCUAGCUUGACCUUGCAAUGAGAAGUUUUCUGCAUGGCUAUGCAUUAUGAUUUCACAAUUAGAGAUGCUGGCUACAAGUUCCCCAAGUGUGGAAGUUAAAAGCUGAGACAGCUGUUCGAACGAACCAUCAGCCUAACUGGAUUUUGUUUUCCCUCGCUCUGCGAUUAUAAAUGGACUCCAGACACACUUGGUUGUUUUUCUUUUCCUGUAACAAUGUUUGAGGCAAAGCCCAUGAUCUCGUGCAAUGCUGGGAUCCAGUUUCAAACAGUUUGCUCUUAAUUUCCCUUUGUUCUUUUGCGCACUGGGGGCUGCCCGACCUGUCCAAGCUUUGAUUUAAUGAUGGUUGUUGAUUGCAGUGUUACUUGGAUCAAGACUGGAAAAUGAUUUCACACACAUUUCUUGCAAAUAAAAGGGGAAGUUGUUUUGCUGCUGCUAA